CGCCUCUGUUUCUUGUCCUAAAUUUCUGUUUCAGAGAGAUAAAUCCAAAAGAUCUUUUGGAACCCAACAAUUAAUCCUUCAACAAACCAUUAAAUAAAGAAUAAUUAAUACCCGUUAUAAUUUGGUUUCUUCUUAAUUUGUUUUUUUUUUUCUUUUCCCCUUUCAAGAUCAGCAUCUGUUACCAGUUACCACCACCAUGACCUGAUGACCAUCAUCACCACCUUUACAAAAAGUCCAUCCUUUAUUUUGUUUUGAUUGAUCCAGAUUUCAGAGAAAAGCAUAUUGUCAUCAUCAUUGAUUUUAUAUUAUACAAUGCAUUUAUAAAGUUUUGUUGCUUACAUGUGCCUUUUCAUGUCCCUCUCUUCCCUCCUCCUCCUCCUCCUCUUCCUCUCCUUCUUUAAUUAACUUCAAAGUUCAAACAUUUCUUCUGUUUUCUUUCAAAUUUAUAUCCCUUUUUAUCAGUUUUGGUGUUCUAGCUUGGGAUAUCUAAGAAUUGUUAAAGGGUCAUUUUUUACAGGUUGUUUUGAUCAUAGACAGCUCUUUAAAUUUUUGAUGGGUUCUUUUUAGUUUUUAAUGGUGGAGAGCAAAAGUUGGGACCUUUCUUAAUGACCAGGUAAAUAGUGCUAGUUCUAGAUUUCAUGCCCCUUUUUUGGCUUGUUUUUCUGUAAUUUAAUCUUUCUAGUUGUAAUCCAUUGAGGAGGAAAGUAAAAGUCUGUGUGUCCUAAAUAAACAAAGGGGUUAUCAAAAGUUGAUAUCAAUAUACAAAGAAGAUUCCAAUUUUGUGCAGGUUAAGUCUGUGUUGUUUGAUGAUCAUUGGAUAUAAGGUUAAGGAAUUCAAUUCAUUGGCCAUGGCCAAAAAGUUUUGCAGAUUGAUAGAUGACCCUUUUUCGUUUUUCCUAAUUUCCUUCUGUUUCUUCUUUCUAUCAGGGGAUUGGUUUCAGGAUCUUCUGGCCUUGCCGAAUGAACAAAUUCUUGAUUUAAUGUUAGCAGUUCAGUUUCUUGCAUUUUUGUCCUGAGGAAAAAUGCGAUUGCUGAUUUGGGUUUUUGAAGGAAAGAAGAAGAGGCUUUGUAAAUUUAUUGAUUAGUAGAGGAGGUUGAGUAGAGGAAAUUUUAGGCUAUUGAUAAAUAUGGAGGGAAUGGCUGAACAGCAACAGACCAUGACUCCCAGAAAGAAGAUGACUAAACAAUUAACCGGGAAACGAGAUGACACUGCGUUGCAUUCUGCGGCUAGAGCUGGGAAUUCUAAGGCAGUUUGGGAGAUUCUUGGCGAAUCAACGGAAGAAGAGUUGAUAGAGUUGCUUGCCAAACAAAAUUCAGCUGGAGAAACGGCCUUAUAUGUUGCUGCAGAAUAUGGUUAUGUAGAUUUGGUCAGGGAGUUGAUCAAGUACUAUGAUCUUGUGGCUGCUAGUAUUAAGGCAAGGAAUGGAUUUGAUGCACUUCACAUAGCUGCCAAACAAGGGGAUUUAGAUACUGUAAAGGCACUGAUGGAGGCUCAUCCAGAGCUUUCGAUGACUGUUGACAAUGCCAACACUACUGCUCUGCAUACAGCUGCAAAUCAAGGACACAUUGAGGUGGUCAAUUAUUUGCUAGAGUUGGAGGGUAGCCUAACAACUAUAUCCAGAAGUAAUGGGAAAACUGCCUUGCAUUCUGCAGCAAGAAAUGGGCAUGUGCAAGUUAUAAGAGCCCUUUUGAGUAAAGAGCCUAACAUUGCUACACGAAAUGAUAAGAAAGGACAAACCGCUCUUCACAUGGCUGUGAAAGGAACAAAUCUUGAAGUGGUGGAGGAACUAAUCAAAGCGGAUCCUUCUUUGAUAAAUAUGGUCGAUACAAAGGGCAACACAGCUUUGCAUAUAGCAACUCGAAAAGGCAGGGCACAGAUUGUUCGGUCGCUGCUGGCAGAUGAGAAAAUUGAAACUACAGCAGUAAAUAGGUCUAACGAAACAGCCCUAGACACUGCCGAGAAAACAGGUCAGGCUGAAAUAGCAGCCAUUCUGCAAGAGCAUGGAGUUCAGAGUUUUCGGACUCUCAGGCCACAACAAACAAAUCCAGCUAGGGAAUUGAAGCAAACCGUGAGCGACAUAAAACAUGAAGUUCAUUAUCAGUUAGAACACCAUCGGCAAACCAGAAAAGGCAUGCAAGGAAUAGCCAAGCGCCUUAACAAGAUGCACGUUGAAGGCCUAAACAAUGCAAUCAAUUCCACCACGGUCGUAGCUGUGCUGAUUGCCACAGUUGCAUUUGCAGCCAUUUUUACCGUACCAGGACAAUACGCAGAUGACCCAAACAACAUCCCAGAUGACCUUUCCCUAGGAGAAGCUAACAUUGCACCGCAAAUCCCAUUCAUACUCUUUUUUGUCUUCGACUCAAUUGCACUGUUCAUUUCUCUUGCCGUUGUGGUUGUUCAAACCUCGGUGGUGAUCAUAGAGAGCAAGGCUAAGAAGCAGAUGAUGGCGGUCAUAAACAAGCUCAUGUGGCUAGCUUGUGUGCUAAUUUCAGUGGCAUUUUUGGCGUUAUCAUUUGUUGUUGUUGGUCAGCAUGAGAGAUGGCUGGCAAUUGGGGUGACAAUCAUAGGAACAACCAUAUUGGCUACCACAUUAGGGACAAUGUGUUACUGGGUGAUCAUGCACAGGAUAGAGACUUCCAACCAGAAAAGCCUUAGGAAGAACUCUCAGGCUAGCAGAUCAAGAUCAUGGUCUAUGUCAGUUUUGUCAGAUUCAGAUGUUCUACAUACUGACUAUAAGAAAAUGUAUGCAAUAUAAAAGAAAAAAUAAACAAAAAAAGGGAAAAAAAAAAGAAAAAAAGAAAAAAAAAAGAAACGGAAAUACAACUUCCUACCCCAAUCAUAACAUAUCACUUUCUUUGGGGCAAUGGAUGUCUUAUAACUUCUACAACAUCUUGUGCAUAACUGAAUAGGUAGUGACUUUUCUGAUAGUUUCCAAACUUGGCGAUAUUUCUUGGAGCUGAAAUUUGCCAUGGUGGACGAGGUGUAGAUUUUGACAUGUUUCAGUAACAUUAUUAUGACAGAGAAAGAACUGUCCCCUGCAUUUAGCUGUUUUUUUCAGUUGGAUCAUGGAUGGUUUUUGCUGCUUAGCCUCAAUUUCCAAUGCCUGGAUCUACAACUAACUCUUUUUCCUCAACGACUUUCAACUUAUGAUAAAGACUUUAUUGUCACAACUUGACUUAACUUGCAUAUAAGGAAGGG